AACAUUUGCUCCCUCUACAGCAGCACCAAAAACAGAGGGAUCAUCAUCUUUACCUAAAACAGGUGACGUAAAGUCAACAACUGCAAGCACAUCCAUAACUAUAGAAUCAUCUGCAGAAGCCCCAACAUUAUUGGUACGAACAACAAGUGCAACUACUGCAGCAUCAGCAGGAGUGACAUCAGCAUUGCCAGCAACAGCACUGGGCUCAACCACAGCAGCAACUGUUAGCAAUGAACCAGAAUCAACCAAGAACACACUAGCUGUGGGUCCAUCUACUGUGUUACAUACUGUGGCAAGAGAUACAGUCACAACAACAUCGACAACAAGCUUAGCAGAGUCUACUACUGCACCCAAAGCUUCAACCUUGGUACAAGUGACAUCUCAAGUCACACCAGAACCCUCAACAGUCCAAAAGGAAACUACAACAUUAAUGUCAGUGAAGCCAGUAACAUCAGAAGUCUCCACCACUGUCGAAAGAGUGACACAAGAACCUACGACGCAUGCUGACACUGGUUCUUCAUCAGCAGGAAUAACUACAUUGACAGCAUCUGGUACAACAAAAUCAACAUUUGCUCCCACUACAGCAGCACCAAAAACAGAGGGAUCAUCAUCUUUACCUGAAACAGGUGAAGUAAAGACAACAACUGCAAGCACAUCCAUAACUACAGAAUCAUCUGCAGAAGCCCCAACAUCGUUGGUACGAACAACAAGUGCAACUACUGCAGCAUCAGCAGGAGUGACAUCAGCAUUGCCAGCAACAGCACUGGGCUCAACCACAGCAGCAACUGUUAGCAAUGAACCAGAAUCAACCAAGAACACACUAGCUGUGGGUCCAUCUACUGUGUUACAUACUGUGGCACGAGAUACAGUCACAACAACAUCGACAACAAGCUUAGCAGAGUCUACUACUGCACCCAAAGCUUCAACCUUGGUACCAGUGACAUCUCAAGUCACACCAGAACCCUCAACAGUCCAAAAGGAAACUACAACAUUAAUGUCAGUGAAGCCAGUAACAGUGGCCCACACAUCAGAAGUCUCCACCACUGUCGAAAGAGUGACACAAGAACCUACAACGCAUGCUGACACUGGUUCUUCAUCAGCAGGAAUAACUACAUUGACAGCAUCUGGUACAACAAAAUCAACAUUUGCUCCCACUACAGCAGCACCAAAAACAGAGGGAUCAUCAUCUUUACCUGAAACAGGUGAAGUAAAAACAACAACUGCAAGAACAUCCAGAACUUCAGAAUCAUCUGCAGAAGCCUCAACAUUGUUGGUACGAACAACAAGUGCAACUACUGCAGCAUCAGCAGGAGUGACAUCAGCAUUGCCAGCAACAGCACUGGGCUCAACCACAGCAGCAACUGUUAGCAAUGAACCAGAAUCAACCAAGAACACACUAGCUGUGGGUCCAUCUACUGUGUUACAUACUGUGGCAGGAGAUACAGUCACAACAACAUCGACAACAAGCAUAGCAGAGUCUACUACUGCACCCAACGCUUCAACCUUGGUACUAGUGACAUCUCAAGUCACAACAGAACCCUUAACAGUCCAAAAGGGAUCUACAACAUUAAUGUCAGUAAAGCCAGUAACAGUGGCCCACACAUCAGAAGUCUCCACCACUGUCGAAAGAGUGACACAAGAACCUACAACACAUGCUGACACUGGUUCUUCAUCAGCAGGAAUAACUACAUUGACAGCAUCUGGUACAACAAAAUCAACAUUUGCUCCCACUACAGCAGCAGCCCCAAAAACAGAGGGAUCAUCAACUAUACCUGAGACAGGUGAAGUAAAAACAACAACUGCAAGAACAUCCAGAACUUCAGAAUCAUCUGCAGAAGCCUCAACAUUGUUGGUACGAACAACAAGUGCAACUACUGCAGCAUCAGCAGGAGUGACAUCAGCAUCACCAGCAACUACAGCAGGGACCACCACAGCAACAAUAACUACAACUGAAGAUGCAGUGACAACAAGAGAGUCUGCUACUGCGCCCAAAGCUUCUACCUGGGUACCAGUGACAUCAGCAUUGCCAGCAACUGCAUCAGGGACAACUACAGCAGCUACUGUUAGCAGUGAACCAGAAUCAACCAAGAAUACAUCAGCUGAGGUUUCAUCCCCUGUAUUACAUUCUGAAACAAUGACAACAACAACAGCAACAACAAUGAAGCCAGUAACAGUAUCUCAUACUUCAGAGGUCUCCACCACUGUCGAAAGAAUGACACAAAAACCUACAAAUCAACCUGAAACUGGUUCUUUAUCAACAGGACAUACUACGUUGAACAACUUUGGUACCACAGAUUCAGAAAUUACACUGACGACAGAGGCCACAAACACUGAUCCUCCUACCAUAGACGAGGGAAGCAUACACUUAAGAUUCAGUCUAAAUGAAACUUUCAGAGAAGUAUAUAGCAACCGAUCAUCCCCUGAAUUCUUUGCAUUGGCAUCACAUGUGGUAAAUGUGAUAAACAGAAUUUACAGGGCAAGCUAUCUCAGAGGAUACAGGCGAAGCAGAGUCAACUUUUUCACGAGUGGCUCCAUUAAAGUUGAUAUGACUCUUAUCUUUGAGAAUUCUUCUAUAGUCCCAAGCUCAUUUGAGGUAGAAGCUAUUCUUAACAAGAACGCUCUGAAUGGUUCCAUACCUCUGGACAUCAUACUUGAUACUAUCAAAGCAGGGGAUCUAGUUACUUCUACACCAGUGCCUAUCACAAAUGCAACUGUUGAAUCUACCACCAUGAAAUACACAUCGGGUGCAAAUGAGUACACAAACACCACCUCUAGUGGCUUUCCAUGGAUGGUACGCUGUUCACUUAUGACUAUAUAUCCAGCCAUUAUUGUUUUAUUAGCACAAACAUUGUUAUGGUGAUUUUAAAGUGCACUUGAAAGUUCACUAAAGAAACAAAAUGAAAGACACCAUGUUUAAUAUAAUAGUUAAGCUGAUUUUAUUAGUGAAGAUGGACAAAUGUUGUAGAAGUUUGUUUUAUGCAGAGACUAUAUUUUAUGCAGAGACUAUAGAGACUAUAGUUUUUUAGGACCAUCAGCCUAUUAAAUAUAAUUUAUCUGAGAAGGGCUAGUCAUCAGGGAUUUGAGCAAUUUAAUUGUUUGUGUCAGAUUAAAAAAAAAAAAAAAAAAUAUAUAUAUAUAUAUAUAUAUAUAUAUGUGUGUGUGUGUGUGUGUGUGUGUGUGUGUGUGUGUGUGUGUUGGUUUGGAACUCAAGUGUACAAAGAUGCUUCACUUCAUUUGUUUAUAAACAUUAUUUGGUUACCUAUAUUCCUAUAUUAUUGCAUCUGAUCAGUGUCUUCUUUGUUAUUAAAGUUAAUGCAUUCUGUUGUA